UUGCAGCGACGGCGACACCACGAGUUCAUCGCCGUUCAACCCGGCGACAAGGACGACCACCGUCUCAGCCGACGAGGAGUUCGGAGCUUAGCUACAGCAGCCGCCGUUUCAACCGCCGCAAAUCGUGGCGGCGUGGAGACUUUCUUCGCCGAUGAAGGCGUUUCGUGGACUGCUCUCGGCUUGUCAGACACAAUCUCUCAAGCUCUAUCUAGUGCCGGAUUCAACCGUCAGUCUCUUGUUCAGGCUGAGUCCAUUCCGUCGAUUCUUUCCGGGAAGGAUUCGAUCAUUGCGGCGGAGACUGGCAGUGGGAAAACGCAUUCCUAUCUAGUUCCUCUGAUUCACAAGCUAUCCGCUUCUAGCGGCGGCGCUGUUAGUGGUUCUGCUUCUGAUAAGGGUUUCAAACCUUCCUGUGAAGUUUCUCUUGUUCUUUGCCCCAACGUCUUGCUAUGCGAACAAGUGGUUCGGAUGGCGAAUGGGCUUCGUGAUGACAAUGGCGACCCACUGAUCAAAGUUGCAGCAGUUUGUGGGAGGCAGGUCUCCGCUGUUGCUCCCGCCCAUCCUCCCAAGAUGGCGACCUCCCCUGCCCCAACGUCAUCCAAUAUUCUUGAAAUCUAUUGCAAGGCGAAGUGCAAAGACAAGUGCAAGUUGGUCCGGCCUUUUGGGAUGAAGUUGUGCCAGGAGGUGUGCACAAAGUGUUGCUUGAGGAGCAAGUGCGUUCCAACCGGUCCGGUAGGGAUCAAGUUUGGCAAGUGCAAGAACUGGACCUUUACUCUCUACCGUGGCAUCCCUUACAAGUGCCCUUAAAACACACACACAUUCCAUAUCACGUACAAUAUAAUAAUGCUGAUUACUUAUAUGUAUCCCUUAUUAUUAUACGUACUAUGAUAGCUAGCCUGCCUCCUCAUACAAACUUCAGUUUACCCCUUCGUCUGCUCAAUAAAAGCAUAUCUAUAUAUAUGCAGUCCACUAAAGUAUUCAUGCACGCUAGGCUAUUAUGUUUCAGUACUUCUGGUUUAUGUACAACUUGUCUCUAAUAUUGAUGUCCAUCUGAAUAAAAAGGUCGAC